AUUACUCUCUGAAUGUUCAGAUUAUGAUCAGUUUAAUCCGAUAAUGAUUAUCGAAAAGGCCUAAUAAAAUUUAAAGUUUUGUGUUUUGGCACUAAUAAACAAUGAAGAUUUUUAAAGUAUAAUGGAUAAUAUUAACGUAUAUUUACCUCAAAAUAAUGCUUCUGUACCAUCCCAUCCAUUUGAAAACACUAGUCUAGAAAUGGAAGUCAAUAGUCAAGAACAAAUAACAAUUAGUCAAACAUCUAAUGGAAAUUUGGAAACAACUAAUGAUAUUGAUAACGAAGACGGUACCCUUUGUCCAAUUUGUUUAGAUAACUGGACGAAUUCGGGAGAUCAUCGAAUCUGUGCAUUGAAAUGUGGACAUUUAUUUUGUUACAAGUGUGUUUAUAGGUGGUUAGAUACCCAACAAGAAAAAUCGUGCCCCACUUGUAAGAAAAAAGCAUGUAAAAGUGAAAUAAGAUUUAUCUAUACCAAGAAACUGAUCGCAGUGGAUAACACAGAGUUAGAAAAUGCGAAACAACUGUUAAAUGUAGCAAUUGAAGAAAAAAAUAGAUUACAAAUGGAUUUAUCUAAAUACAUAUGUCGAGAGGAAAUUUUAAAGCAAGAAAUAGCUCAACUAAAAAGUCACAUUAAUGAAUUAACUAAAAAAAGAAUAAACAAUUCGAGAAUUCCUAAUAACGAGAUUAAUCCCACAAUUAAAUCAAGUAUAAGAUUGUACAUGGAAAAAUCGUUAGAAAUAUGUCGUCAAAACGGUUGUAGAGUAUUUGAUUAUAGUAAUGCUUUCGACUCAAUUGUAUCAUCAUCUAAAUCUCCGAAUAAUCUAUUUUCUGGUUUUGGAAUAAGGAAAGUCAACAUGUCUUUAUACAAACCUCUGGCUUUUGUACCUCUUCAUAAUCAGCAAAUCAGAGAUUUACGUUUUCAUUCAACUAAUAAUUGGCUUCUGACCGCAUCCAUGGAUAAAUGUUUCAAAGUAACCGACACAAACGCGAAUAAAGUUAUUUGUACCACAAAGGAAACCAUGCCUUUGUGGUCUUGUUGUUGGGAUAGCGAUAAUCAAUAUAACUUCUACACCGGCACCCAAUCCGGUAACUUAAUUAAACAUGACAUCCGCAAUUUAAAUGAACCUUUAUGUACCUUAUCAAUAGAAGGUGACGCAUCCCCUGUUGUGUCAAUAGCGUCGAUUCCUAGAUCACCCGGAUCAGAUUUUCACAAUGGAGCUGUUGUAUCCUGUAAACUAAAUUCCCUGUGGAUAUUUGAAAAUGACGGGGAGAGUUAUCAAAAACAUUCUUUACCAUUAAACGGUCCAUUUGUUAGUAUGAAAUACGAAAAGGAAUUAAAACAAUUACUGGUGUCGUCUAGACCGAAUCAUAUAGUACCACAUUCUACACAUUCGCUUUGCACAUUAAAUAAAAAUCCUGAUGGUGGAAUAAAUUGUCUUACAACACAUACGUUUCAAGGAGGAGGUAUGCAAAAGUUGUUAUCAAAAACCUGUUUCGUUUCCGACGAACAACAGUAUAUUGCCGCUUUCGAAGAAUCUUAUAAACGUGUUUUUCUAUGGAGUAUUCAUACUGGUGAUAAAGUUUGUUCGGUUCCUGCUAACGAGGCUGUAUUAGAUUUAAAUGGCGUUAAAAAUAGUAAUGGAAACUUUCUAGUUUCUCUAACCGAAAGGAAAAUGGAUUUUUUCAAAUUUCAGUAGUUGUUUAUAGCUCAAAUAUAAUUUUUAAGUUGUAUAUUUUUUUAUUAUUAAAACUUUAUUUAACU